AUUUAGUUGGGGAUUGGUCCUGCUUUGAGCAGGGGAUUGGACUAGAUGACCUGCUGAGGUCCCUUCCAACCUUGAUAUUCUAUGAUUCUAAAGCAACUAUGACAGACUAGUAUCAGAGACUGAGCUGAAAGGACCCUGGCCUUGGCCAUCCCAAAAAUCAUUGCUGAAGGUUGUGUCAGUCCAGCUACUACCCCGAUCCCUCUAUGAGAGGAACUGUUAAAACCUGCCUCAUUUGAGAUUUGAACCUGGGACCCACUUAGUGCUAACUGAGAGAGAAAAAUCAAUAGACUGUUACAUGGAGCCACUCAGGUAGAUGCCUGUGAGGGAGCUCACUAAAGGGUGUCAUGUGAUGUCUCCACCUACAGCCAGUAGUCCACUGGUCCUCAGAAACACAGCGGGAUGCAUAACGUUUAAGGGGUUAUGUGUCUGUGUUGAAAAUUACAUUCCCAAGGCAAGGAACUAGGAGGUGACAUAUCUUGGGCAGGUUCCUUUCAGGCAGGAGGGAACAGACACUUAUCUGCCUGGCCAAGUAUGCCUCACAAUAACCUUAUUUCCAUUCUGAGUCAGACAUGGAUUAAGGGAUUAUCAUGAUGUCUAAUUCUUUUAGUCCCUUUGCAGUGGGUUGUGCCUCAGGAUUGAGGGCACCGACAGAGCUGUGCGGGGUGGGGAGCUGUUGUAAUAAUUGGGCCUACAAAUUUACUCUAGUAUUAAACUCAGCUGUGAUGAAUGAAAGUUUUACCAAAUGUCCAGUCACAAAUACCAAUAAAGGUUGAGCAGAAAAGUUGCAAAGUGAAACUAAUUAAAUGAGCCCAAACAAACAGGCCUCCGGCCAUCACUAAAGGACUAUGGAUCAUGGCUGGUAAAUGGGGGAAGUGUGGAGUUGGAAAUCAAAGUACCAAAACUGGUGUGUGGAGAAUUAGGCCUCACUGGUGAACCAGACAAUGAAGAGAGGUGCUGUUCCACCCAUCGCUUCCUUCUGGGGUCAUUAAACACUGGCGAAUUGGAGAGAAAAACUAACAUACGAGAGGAAGCGAAUUCAAAAAUCACUGACCGAACACAGGGGAAGCAGCGAGCUUUACAAUCAUGGCUGCCACCCCUGCCAUCUCCUCAGAGCACAAUAUCCACCAUGAUACUCCUGGGCCUCCUUCAUCCUAAUCCAGAGGGAUGUCCUGACCAGAGAGAGAGACCCAGCUGACAUGGCCCCUUCAACUGGCUCUGGCCCAACCCCAGCCACCACCUGGCAUGGGAGACUGGGAUAUGUCUGCACUGAAAAGACAAAACCACGGUGCUGGGUCCCGGCUCUGAAACCUGGACAGUGGGGCAGUUCCCAGGCUCCGUCCCACACCUGAACGUCAGAGUCAGUUGACCCAAGCUCUGAGACUCCAUGUCACAGGUUUCUCUUUGUCCUGCAGACGUACCCUUUCUCUUUUCCCUCCCCACCAUAUUUUUUUCUCUUUUCUUUCCCUCUCCUUUCUCCUUCUGCCGAAUACGAGUCUGGCUUAGCCAGACAACACUGAAUGUUUUGCAACACUGCGGUGAGCCAGUAACCAAAGACACAGGUAAAAACAAUGCCCCGAACAACUGGUACGAGUUUGCCAGGUCUCGGAGUGCUCUGUGUUUCCGCAGCAGUGAGGUUGCAAAUGAGAAUCAACUCCAGAGACAGACGCUGUAUUUUCUCUCCUCUUUAGUAAGUGUGUCUGGUUUUGCUUCCAGGACACAGGAUUGGACUUUACCCAUCACAGCUCCUGACCAUCUCAACUAAUUUCUCUUUUCCCCCAAAAGGACCGUUAUUACCAUCUGUAGCUUCUACGAUACUGUGGGGCACUUUGGUUCCUUCUGGACACCAAACCCCGAACCUUGCUGAACAGUGUUUGAAGUCGGACAGUGACAGGGUCACAUAAAAAUCUUUGACUCUCUGGGUCCAUAUAGUCCAUAAAUUCUUUUAAUGGACCCCAAGACUACCCCAUCAGGGGAUACCAGGUGGGGAUUGAGGGACAUUGGCAGAGCAGGCUGUGGGGAGCUUAGGGCUGGGAUAGCAGGAGGGUAUAAAUCAGGAUUGGGGAGCACCGGUAAUGCUGUGAGUUCCCAGGAUAGGACUGGAUUAGGAAGGUGCCAGUGUGUUAGGACUCGGGGUCCAUCCACACAGCAAAUGAAGCUUUGUUUGCAGCAUGGGUGGGCGUUCCUAUGCUAACUUUAGUCUAGCUGGCAUGCAUAACAACAGCAGUUGAGACAUGUUGGACUGGACUGCAGCACAGGCUGGUGACCAGAGUAUGUGCCAGGGUCCCUGGUGGGCUGGCACUGGAACAGCUACCCCAGGGUGAAUUCCGUGCCACCUAGUAUUGUUACCGUCACUAGCUAGAAUAAAGCUGGCACUGUUCUGCCCACCCAUGCUAUAAUCACACCUUUGCUUGUUGGAUAGACACACCCUGAGAUGUUUCGGUGGAGCCCAGAUCUCUGGCAGGACAUGUUCUGUUUGUUCCCCAACCAUGCCUGGCCUGCUGGGCCACUACUUUUAGUUGCAAGAUAUCAGGAAAUUGUCCUUACCCAAUUGUUUAUUGGAUUUCCUCACCCACUCCUCCCCCUCCAUGUCUCGCUGGGCCUCUAUAUAACCUGUUCCCAGACAGGCAGGAGGAUCACGGUGAGGCUCAGCUCAGCAGAGGCUGGGAUCCAUCGCUCCAACAGCAGUGAAGGAACAAGGACUUGGGUCAAUCCAGCGACAGACACAGACAUGGCUUCAAGCGGACCCCGCCCUGCGCUCCUGCUGACCCUCGCCCUGAUGGCUGCCUGUGUGGCUCUGACCCUCGGGCAGAGGUGGAACCCGCUGAAUGACAUAUUCCGGAAAGAACAUGUGGACUUCCCCAAGACCGUCGCCACCAACAACAACGCCUACUGCAACAGGAUGAUGUGGGACCGGGUGAUGUACUGGAAAUACACCAACACCUUCAUCCAUGCGACAGCCGAGAACAUCAGCAAAGUCUGCACGACAGAUGGGGUAGCCAGCGGGCCCUACCGGUACGAGAGCACGAGUCCCUUCAACAUCACCACCUGCACAUUUAACCCCUGGAGCAUCUCUUACACCGGGAUCAGCGCAGAACAAAAAAUCGUCAUCUCCUGCUGGCGUGAUCUCCCUGUUUUCUACGUGAAGAGCAUAUAGGGCCAGCACUAGGCGUGGAAGGCAGGCAGGAGACCCUGCUGCUUCCUCCCGUACUGGUCACCGCACCUGGCUCCUCACCUACCUCUGAACACAGGUCAAACUGUACAGGUGUUUCCUCCCCUCACCCUCUGCUGCCCCCUAGUGACCAUUAUACAGUAUAGCUGCCCCUUCCCCAUCCCCCACUUUGCUGCCCCUAGUGCCCAUUAUACGGUAUAGCCGCCCAUUCCCUCCUCCUACCCUCUGCUGCCCCUAGUGCUCAUUAUACAGUAUAGCUGCCACUCCCCGUCCCCACCCUCUGCUGCCCCAUGUCAUCUCCCCACUGCCAAAAAUAGUGGCCAUCUCAACCUCUGUCCUUUAAUCAAGAACUAUUCACCAGUUUCACCCUGCUGGUGUUGCGUAUUCAGUCUAAGAACGGAUAAUCCUCACAUUCAUCAUGUUAAGUGUUAUAUUCAUCAUUGUUCUUUUCAUCAUUUUUGAAUAUCUGCUCCCUGCCUGCCAUUCUGUGUGCUCCCUGAACUCAAUAAAAUCUGAAACCUGCAAAGCAAUAACCGUCUUGUUGUGUUACAUUGGGAAUAGCAAGAUUGUAAAUUGCUGAACACUCCAGGAGUGUGCUGUGGUUUCCAAUGAGAUUCUCUGUGUUUUCAACCCCGUCUCACCCUUCUUCCCCAAUCUUGGGAACAGAACCCGGGAGUCCUGACGUCCACUUCCGUCCUGCUCUAACUCACUAGACCCCACUUCCCAUUAAGAGCUUGGUAUUAAACAUAUGAAUCCUGAAUCUUCAUCUGCCCUUUUCUAACCCAGUGGAAAGCGCUCCCCUUCCAGGGUCAGGAUUAUAACCUGAUUCCCAACCUCCCUUGCACUAACCCAUUAGACCCCACUCCUCUCCCAAAAUUGGACCUGACACAACAGAUACAGACCUUCAUGCUUCAGGGUAGGAUCCAUUCACUAACUGAAGAAGGUCAGGAAGAAAUUUUGCCCCUGAGAAAAAUUUUCAUAAUUCUCUUGGGGUGGGGGGAAUUCCUUCCCCUAAAGCAACUGGGACAGGCUAAUGUCAGAGACUGAGCUGAAGGGACCCUGGUCUGGGCCAUCCCCAAAGUCAUUGCCGAAGGCUGGGUCAUUCCAGCUGCCACCCCCAAUCCCUCCAUGAGAGGAACUGUCAAAAUUGGUCUCAUGUGGCAUUUGAAUAUGUGAUCUGGGGCGCACUUGGAGCCAUACAGUUUUACAUGCAGCCCCUUGGCUGGAUGCCUGCAGAGUAACUCACUAACGGGAGUGAUGUGAUGUCUCCACCUACAGCCAGUAGCCCAGUGGUCCUUAGAAUCACUGUGGGAUGGAUGGAUGGAUAAUGUUUAAGGGGUUAUGUGUCUGUGUUGAAAAUUAAGGUUCCCAAGGCAAGGAACCAGGAGGUUACAUAUCUUGGGCAGGUUCCUUUCAGGCAGGAGGGAACGGACACUUAUCUACCUGUCUGGCCAUUGUGUGCCUCACAGUAAGUUUAUUUCCAUUGUGAGCCAGACGCUGAUUAAGAGAUUGCAAAAUCUACAAGGAAGGAGGGUACAGGAAAAAACAACAACCAGCAAGGAGGCAAACUGUUUGUGAGUAAGGGCAAUGGAUUGGUCUGAUAGAUCUAGGGGUGCGAACAGACACCUGGACCCUUCACCAAAGAGGCAACCAGACAGCAUGACUUGUCUCGUGAACAGAUGAUCACAGCCAAGCCCAGCCAGGAAACAUUGGAAGGACUUUGGCUGAGCUUUGCUCUAAAAGUAUCUAAGCUGAGUAAGUCUCAGUUCUGGAAGGUGGGUGAUGAUGUUAUUUUAAGGCCUGGUCUACACUAGGAGGUAAUGUCGAAUUUAGCAGCGUUAAAUCGAAUUAACUCUGCACCCAUCCACACAA